UUUGAUAUUAGGCUUUAGCUUGGUCUUGAUUAGAGAAUUAUUGGGCUCAACCCGAAUCGACCUUGCCCGAGUCCACCCGAACACCUACUUUGAGCAACACCAUGGUCUCUGUUUCACGAUAGUUUGUGCUUCGCAGUCGCAAAACCCCGAUAUGGGUUUUCUACACAGAGCUUCGAAAACCCUGAAAUCAUCCAAAACGUUGUCUCUGUUACAAUCCUACCCUGUAUUUAGACGCGACCCACUUAGUUACGGUUUAAGAGACCGACGUUUUGGGUUAACAAGCUCAUUUUGCUCCCACCCCCGUCAAAAUGACAAACAAAAUGUUAUAGAUUUGAGCCAGUACCCGCCGGAGAGGAUCCGAAACUUUUCGAUAAUCGCGCACGUUGAUCAUGGCAAGUCCACCCUCGCAGACAGGCUCUUGGAGCUUACUGGGACCAUCAAAAGGGGACAUGGCCAGCCACAGUACCUUGAUAAGUUGCAGGUAGAGAGAGAAAGGGGGAUAACUGUUAAAGCUCAGACAGCAACCAUGUUCCACAAGUACAAGAAUCAUGGUGCCAACAAUAAUGAUGAACAUUACCCAGAAACUUUUCUAUUAAAUCUAGUUGAUACACCUGGUCACGUCGAUUUCAGCUAUGAAGUAUCAAGAUCGCUGGCUGCUUGCCAGGGGGUGCUUUUGGUUGUUGAUGCUGCCCAAGGUGUCCAGGCACAAACAGUGGCCAACUUUUAUCUUGCUUUUGAAUCUAACCUCUCGAUAAUACCUGUCAUAAACAAGAUUGACCAGCCAACUGCUGAUCCUGAUCGUGUCAAAGUGCAACUAAAAUCAAUGUUUGAUCUUGAUCCCAGUGAUUGUCUAUUGACAUCUGCAAAAACAGGGCAGGGUCUUGAGCAAGUCCUACCUGCAGUCAUUGACCGCAUACCGCGUCCUCCUGGGGAAACCAAUUCACCUUUGCGUAUGCUUUUGUUGGAUUCUUACUAUGAUGAGUACAAAGGAGUAAUCUGCCAUGUUGCAGUUGUUGAUGGUGUGCUAUGCAAAGGGGAUAAAAUUGCAUCUGCAGCAACUGGGCAAUCUUAUGAAGUUUUGGAUGUUGGGAUCAUGCAUCCUGAACUCACUCCAACUGGCGUUCUUCUUACUGGACAAGUGGGAUAUGUUGUGAGUGGCAUGCGGUCAACUAAAGAAGCACGUGUUGGGGACACUCUACAUCAUAACCGAAGUGUUGUAGAGCCUCUUUCAGGUUUCAAGCCUGCAAAACAUAUGGUUUUCUCUGGGCUGUAUCCAGCUGAUGGAUCUGAUUUUGAUGCACUCAACAGUGCAAUCGAGAGAUUGACAUGCAAUGAUGCUAGCGUGUCUGUUGCUAAAGAAAGUAGCUCGGCACUUGGUCUGGGUUUUAGGUGUGGUUUCUUAGGCUUACUUCACAUGGAUGUUUUUCAUCAACGGCUUGAACAGGAGUAUGGAGCUCACAUUAUCUCUACCGUUCCAACUGUUCCAUAUAUUUUCGAGUAUUCUGAUGGAAGCAAAAUAGAAAUCCAGAAUCCUGCUGCUCUGCCCUCAAAUUCUAAAAAACAAGUAACUGCUAGUUGGGAACCUACAGUAAUUGCCACAAUUAUUAUUCCUAGUGAGUAUGUCGGGCCUGUUAUUACCCUUUGUUCAGAACGUAGAGGGGAGCAGAUGGAAUAUUCAUUUAUUGACAGUCAAAGAGUCUUUCUGAAGUAUCGUUUGCCCUUGAGGGAAAUUGUGGUCGACUUCUACAAUGAACUAAAGAGUAUAACAUCAGGAUAUGCAUCAUUUGAUUAUGAGGAUUCAGAGUAUCAGCAAUCUGAUAUGGUAAAACUUGAUAUUCUUUUGAAUGGACAACCAGUUGAUGCAAUGACAACUAUUGUUCACAAGUUGAAGGCACAACGUAUUGGGCGCGAAUUGGUGGAGAAGCUCAAGAAAUUCAUAGACAGGCAAAUGUUUGAGAUAAUUAUACAAGCUGCAAUUGGAUCAAAGGUCGUUGCAAGGGAAACGAUUUCUGCAAUGAGAAAGAAUGUUCUUGCAAAGUGUUAUGGUGGGGAUGUUACUCGCAAAAGGAAGUUACUGGAUAAACAGAAGGAAGGCAAGAAGCGGAUGAAGCGCAUUGGUUCUGUUGAUAUUCCUCAAGAGGCAUUUCAUGAACUAUUGAAGGUGUCAUAGUCGAAGAUGUUCCAAAUAAUUGGGCAUGUCUGCUGAAUACUGGAUUUUCGGACUCAUUUUUAGUCGUCGCGAGUAAGUUGCCGGGAGGGUGCCAUUCCAGAAAAACAGAAGCAGCAAAUGAAGUGCAUCGACCUCUCGUCAGGUCUCAGGAGGGCCUCCUGAUGGUGAACAUUGCAAGGUUUGAUGUGGGUGAGUAACAUGAUAGCCACCGUAUGUGUGAUAAUCAGUGACAAAUUUUCUUCCAGAAUAAUCCAUGUUGACAUUUCAGAUAUUAGGAUACUGGAGAGUGGAGACAUCCAAAGAUAUUAGUAAACUCGGCUUCAUUUGAUUCGCAUUCAUA